AUGUGCUUCUCUGAUUGGCUGCGUUUCCGCCAGGCGUGGUCGCUGGUGCUGCUGAGCGUGCGUGUGAAUGUGAGCGGGGUGCAAUUCGACCGCGUGCUGUCCGUGUUCCUCGGCAACUUCGAGGUCUCCAGAUCCAUUACUGUGGAGCCUUUGGGUGUGUCGGCAUCUUACUCAUUUGAAGAAGAUGUCACGACAUUCGCAUCCGCGCUUGCAAAGGAGAGGCAAGCAUUCGUCUCGCUCCCCAAUGUGGUCAACGACACGCUAACAGGUGUUUUCUACGUCAGCAUCGACCUCCUCUUCUUCAAGACAACUCGAUUCAACCGAGCCAUUGUUCCAGACGUUGUUCUCCCCUUCUCCUUUCAACCACCCGGAAUAUCCUACCCAACCCCCUUCACAAUCACGGGCGAAGAUUCCGCAUCCACCUCCUCUCCCUCUUCUUCCCCACUGGAAGCUUCUGUGACGUUUCCCUCUCUGCCUCGCGACAUCGUAACGGCGAAAUUCGAGCUGAUGGUAACCAGGCGUGACAGCGACGAAUUCUUCUUCAUGCUCUCGCCCAACUCUACCUUAACCCCAUCCUCAAUAUCGUCGUCGUCCUCCUCUUUCUCAUCCUCCUCGUUCUCCUCAUCAUCCUCUCCCUUCCGAGAGCUCCUUCUAUUCAUAGACAACCAAUUCGCAGGGGCUGUUUUCCCCUUCCCCACGCUCUACCCCUCCGCCUUCGCCCCUCUCCUCUGGGCUCCCCUGGUCGGAAUCGGCUGCUUCAGCAACCCCACUUAUUCACUCGACAUCACGCCGUUUGUCGGCCUGCUAGUGGACGGGCAGCCGCACGAAGUUUCGGUCAGCGUGCCCGUGGUCGGCCGGGCUGCCCGAUGGAUGGUUUCGGGGGUUCUCCAGCUCUGGGUGGACCCAGUUCGGGAGGCUACUUCAGGCACACAGCCAUUCAUCAAUGCUCCUGUUCCCACCAUAGUAAGCACUCUCAUCAUGCCUUCCACUUCUGACCCCUCGAAUGCAUCGGCCAAUAACAGCAGCAGCAACAACAACAGCAACAUUAGCAGUAGCACCAGCACUGCUGACGGCUCUACACCUCUCGAUGCUGCUGCCACAAGCACCGGAUUCACUACAAGCACGCUCCGCUCCUACACAAUCACCGGCACUGUUUACUCCUCGUCCGGCGCGGUUACCACCGAGGUUACGGGAAACCUGGGAGUAGAAGCGUCUGUGUAUUUCCGAAGCGAAGGGCUGGUGGCGUGGUCUCAUGUAACGCGAGCUUCAGUGGAGGUCACGAGCAAGGAUGCAAAGGGGAAUGAGCAGAUAUCCGUCAGUGAACAGUACUUGUUCCCUGUCAACCUCAAAAUGACUUCUUUGGAUGCUAACGGGUCAUUCAAGCUCGACACAGACUAUGCAUUCAACCUACAGAGGGACAAGUCAGGGAGGAAGGUCGGCCGUCCGAUCUCCGAGACCCUUUUAAACCAACGGAGCGCUUACAAAUGUUACCAGCUGCAAUGUGACACGAGACAGCGCUUGUCGAAAUGGAACCGGGAUCUCUGA